UCGCUGAGGAUGAUGAUUCUACUCUUCCUCGGAUCUCCGGUUCGAGGAAACAAAAGCAAUAAAAACCAAACUGUGAAAAGGGAGGUAAGUAAAGUAAACAAAAUUUAAUUUAAAUAAAAUGGCGAAUUAAUAAUGAAGUUAAAUUACUAACACUGGUGAGCGACCCCCACCGACUCCUGCUCUAACCCGUGACCUCCGUCUAUCUGUCAUGUCUCAGGGGCCUCAAAUACUGGUUCUAUGUCCCAGUUGACCUUGGGACUCAAACCAUUGUUCAUUCAUUCAUUCAUUCAUUCAUUUAUUCAUUGAUUCAUUAAUUAAUUCAGUCAGUCAGUCAUUCGUAGUCACAGAACAAUUCGUGUACUUUUUUGUAAUUUCUCCAAACCUGGGAUCCCAGUAUGAACUGGUCUGGUUUCCCUGUGGUACCAGUAUAGGUGUUUUUUACCAGUUUGGUCCAGUUGGGUUAGGGUUAGGGGUUGCCCUAACCCCUAAGCCUUUAUAUCAUUUGCUGAACGAUUGGACCCGUGCUGCAGAACCAUCCUUGUUUCUUGGGACCGGACUUAAAACUUUAGGUUCUGGUCUUACUAGGUUUGUGCUAGUGUGGAGUAGGUUUCCUGUGUGUGGGGAGGGUGGGGUGAUUGUGUGUAACAAAGACCUCUUUCCUUGGAGCUGUGACUGUAUUCAGGCUCUGCAUAGCUGAAUGUUACCAUGACGACAAGCGGAGGGAAACAUGGGAACCGGGCAGCAGAACCAGCCCUGAAAAUCAGCCAUAGAGCCAUUGACUAGCUGAGCGAACGGAAGCUUGACUUCUUUCCUCGUAAAAUCAGUGGUUCACUGAGGACAAAGUCCAAUUUGUCAUUGUUGUCUUAUUGACAAUUCUGACUAGAUGUAGUACUCCCCAGAACAGAACAGGACUGCCCAGUAUAGAACAGCAUAGACCAGUACAGCCAAGUAUAGAACAGUUUGCCCCUGUAUAGACCAGUAUAACCCACUAUAGACCAGUACAGCCCAGUAAAGAACAGUAUGCCCUAGUACAGCCCAUUAUAGACCAGUAUAGAACAGUAUGCUUCAGUACAGCCAAGUAUAGACCAGUACAGUGCAAUAUAGUAGUAGUGGUGUGCCCCAGUACAGCUCAGUAGAGAACAGUAUGCCCCAGUACAGCCCAGUGUAGAACACCAUGCCUAAGUACAGCCCUGUAUAGACCAGUAUAGAACAGUAGGCUUCAGUACAGCCCAGUAUAGACCAGUACAGCCCAGUGUAGAACAGUACAGCCUAGUUUGUCCCAGUGUACCUAUAGUUCAGUCAGGGACUGUGUUUCUUCGCUGGGUCUUUGUCUUGCAUAGCUUUUCUUCACACAUUCGUCUUGGUCUUGUUGGUGUGUGAGAUUCUGCUGCGGUGAAACUUUGACUGCCGAACAUCUGCAGUGCGUUAUUACGGUUUGGCCACAGACAGUGCAUGUUGGUGCGUUCACGUAUGUGGACAGUCUGAUUCCACUGCUGUGAGGAGACAACCCAAACCCUAAAGAGCAGCUGAGCCGUUUGGUCACCAGCAUGUGGUCACCACCAGCUGCAAAAAUAAGAUGUUAAAUUCACUUCAACCAGUAACUCAAAGAUGAGACUUAAGAAUUGGGGUGGUGGUCAGUACCGUACAGCAUCAUGAUCUGGGUUCAGUUCUGCCCAGCCGCCAUCCUGUCUUCCUCCCAUGGUUCAGAGAGAUGUUUCAGUAACUGGUGGGUCUAAACCAGCCACAGGUGAGUGUCAAUGGUUCUGUGUCUCUUAUAGAUAAAGUGGUUCUGGAGAUAAAUGAGGGGAGUAACUAUUUGGGCCAAGCACUAGUUAUCAGAUAAUACACAUGAUCCUGAGGAUCAUCUGAGCUGUACUUUAGUACUGACUAUACUUUGUUUAGCUGUUUUGUGCUGCAGAUGAGCACAGCCAUGUACAAAUAGAACAGGCACAGGUUCAGCUUCACCUGGUCAGUUUAUUGGCUCAGACUAAAACCUGAAGGAAGCGAUGGUGCAGACGGGUCAGAGACGAUCAUGACCAAAACUCAGAAGAGCUUCACACGCUCCAACUGCUUCAAAACAACCAAAGUCCUUCUGUGUGUUUUGGGCAUUUUUAUGGAUAAAACCUAGUAUUUGUCUACCAUUAUUUAGUUUUAGUUCUAGUUUUAGAUAAAGAACCAAUGUCUGAUGAGCAAGAACACACUCUUUUACUCCUGUUUAGUCUAGUGACACUGGGCUGCUUUGACGCCAGCUCCACAGUUUACAAAACAGAUAAACUUUGUUUCUGUUUAGGAAGGAUUAGAUUAGAUUAAAGCAGCAUCUUCCCUUAAACAGAACCAGAAGCACUGAUCAUGUGCUCUACACAAACUGGAUCCUGGUAAUCUUGGGCUCCAGGCCUGGAUGUCCUGCUGCAGAGGGCCAUGAGGGGCCCAGGAGGCGCCGGGUGGUGGAGCUGGGGGUGUGGAGGCCUCUUAACAUUCAGCAGAGUGCUCAUUAGACAUGCAAAGCUGCAGGGCUGAAUGAGUCGCCUUUGUCCAUAAUUGGAGAUGGUUCGGUGGGAGCCACAAAGCCUCUAAGCGUCACCGUCCACCCCCAGCAUCCUCAGCUUCCACUCUGAUUCAUCCACAAGACACAAGCUUGAAGCUCACGGGCCUGUGCACAGUCCCGGCUUUAAUAUGUCCAGAGCCCCAACCCAUCUGAAAGAAAUUCCAGUAAAAGUAAAGGAUGAGGAGCAGGAAGUGGGCAACACAUACACAGUCUUAUUAGGGUCAUGACUGAAACAGUCCAAAAUUCAUAAAAUGUCCGAUUUGAUACCAAUAUCUGGUGAACACGUUUUUAUUCAUUCACUUCAUUUAGAUGUGAUGGACUGGAAACCUGUCCGGCCCUAAAGACAGCUGAGACCCUGUCACGUUUCUACUGCAGCUGCCGUCAUGUUCAGUAGCUUUCAAUUGGUGGAUUCAGGCCUUUGGUUCCCUCACAGCAAAUCUAAUAAAUGUGAUGUCAGAACAUCAGCAGGAAUAUUUACUGAAUUCAGGUUCUGGAACUUUAACCAUGAUGUCUCAGUCCCAGGAGUCAUGACAGCCUCAGUAAAACCAGUUACAUAUCCUGUCACACCACACCCUGGACCUCAGCACAGGACGCUGGAACCCCAUCGUAAAAAGUCAAUUCAAUUUGUCAUUUACUGUUAAAUCCUGCUUUGUGUCUUAGGUCUUUAACAACUCACAUGGCCUGCGACACCUAAACGCACCUGACAUUUCAGUCCUGGCUCAGAUGUGGUUGCAGACAAACCUCAGACACUUUCACUAAACUUCGUUUCCCACAGGCCUCACACCAGGAAGGAUCUGGUUGUGCCUCCUUGUCUCUGUGUGAUGGACUGAUCGGUACAGGUAAACCCACUGACAGCUGGGACAGGCUCCAACCUCACAAGUCUUCUGUGGGAAAGGGAUGAACAGAAACCCAGACUGUUUCCAUGUUCAUCUGAAGCUGUGAAACAGUUAACAUACAGAUCGUCGAUUCUCUGGAUGACUGAAGACAAACAAACCCUGAAACUCAAGAACAAAAGGCUGCAAUCCUUUUUUCCCUCCCCCAUGACCUCCAUCUAAAGAGGGAGGCCAUUAUGUAACCCACCAAUCAUCUGAGUCAUUAACUCGUUCCCAAUUAAAGAGUGUGUGAGGGGGGAUGUGGUCCAUAGAGGCUUGUUUACCACGAGGGGAAAACUAGGGAGCAGAUCAAGAGGAGAGAGAGUUUCCCACCAACUGGUCGGCGUCACCAGGGAAACGGCCGGAAGAGAAGUUUUCAAGCUUUAUUUACUUUGCAUUGCUCUAGAAUGUCACAAACCUGCGUCUCUUCCACAGCUCGACUGUGGCCUGUCCUUAGGUUCUGCAGAUUCAGGAUGUCAGGGCUUGUGUGGGUCGGGUUCAGCAGACAGAACGUACAGGUCAGACCCAACCACACAUAAGCCUGUCUGCGGAAACAUAAGAAGGUGAAAUGAAAACAAACACCAGCUAAAAGUCAUCUGCUACACCACAACUGAUGAACUGAUUCCUCUGUGAUUAUGUUUGGCACAACUAACGUCAUGGAGGAUAAUGACUCGCCUCCUAGAUCAUAAGAUUACAAACUCAUGAUAUUUAUAUAUGUUCAUAUUUUUUAAACUGAAUCUAUAUUUGUAAUUUAAUAUUUCAUUUAUUUAAUCAUAAAUCUUCGCAGAAUCAUCUCAUCAUACUUCACUUCAUUAUAACCAAGCUUUUAUAGAGAGCAACAACCCCUGCUUCCUGAGGAAACCAGGUGCCCUAACCAGUUGAGGUGAGGAGAGACACAAAAGAAUGACCAGAACAGUGCCAGUUGGCCCCUACAUCCUCCUUCAUCAGGCCUGGUCAGAUUGUGGGAGGAAAAAAGGCCCAAUGGCCCGCACACCUCCUUCAACAUUAAGCAGAUUUGAAAGGCUGCGUAGCACGACCCUCCAUUCAGGGAUCAGAGGUCAACACCCUGCGACAUUCGCUGGCACAGCAUUACAAUAACUGAGCGUAAAUCAUGGUCAGAUCACAAGCAGAGAAAGGAACAAAUAAUAAAAAUAAAAUAAAAGAGCAGAAAAAAAGAAAGAAGAAAAGAAAAGAAAUAAAAAGAAAUAAAAAAGCAACACGCAGGCGUGAGUUCAAAUGAGAAAAUAUACGAGGAGAACAGAGGAUCUCUGUGAAAUACGUUCUCAAAACCUCACAGUCUCGCUCUGUGCAAGUGAACGGUAGUCGGCGGUAGUGAGCCGAGUUCAGUUCAAAGUCAAUAAUAACCAAACUAGGAGUUAGUUACAUGCAGCCGAAGUAAACGCUGCGUCAAAUGGCCUCGGGGAUAAUUAAACAAUUUAUUUUGAACAAAUUCAUACUUUUUGAAAAUCUUUAAUGUAUUUAAUAGAUAGAUUGGCCGGUGGAGUUUGGCUGAGCGGGACGUAUCGUGACGGUGACUGUCGUAAACUAUAAACAUUUUACGACAAGCUGACUUCCAUUCCGUGAAACCAUGUGAGUUUAGAGAAACCGCGUAAGGGCGUCGUUUGAGUGGCGAUUGAUCUGGUUCUGGACCCGAACCCAGCAGGAUGUUGUAUCUGAUCGGGCUCGGGCUCGGAGACGCUACCGACAUCACGGUGAAGGGUCUUCAGGCGGUGAAAAAGUGCUCCCGGGUUUACCUGGAGGCCUACACCUCCAUCCUGACCGUGGGCAAAGAGGUUCUGGAGUUCUACGGGAAGCAGCUGAUUCUGGCCGACAGGGACCUGGUUGAACAGGGGGCAGAUGAGAUCCUGAAGGACGCGGAGGUGACUGAUGUGGCCUUUCUGGUAGUGGGCGACCCGUUCGGCGCCACCACUCACAGUGACCUGGUGCUGAGAGCAGCGAAUGCGGGGAUACCGUACAAAGUGAUUCACAACGCAUCGGUCCUGAGCGCGGUGGGAUGCUGCGGGCUGCAGUUGUACAACUUUGGGGAGACAGUGUCAUUGGUGUUUUGGACAGACACAUGGAGACCAGAAAGUUUCUACGACAAAAUCUGCAAGAACAGAACAGCUGGGCUGCAUACACUCUGUCUGAUGGAUAUCAAAGUUAAAGAGCAGAGCAUCGAGAACAUGAUGAGAGGAAAGAUGAUCUACGAGCCUCCUCGCUUCAUGACGGUCGCUCAGGCUGCAGAUCAGCUGAUUCAGAUCAUUGAGAGGAGAAAGGAGGAGGGUGAGGAGCUCGACUCAUCACCAUCCUGGAUGAGCCCAACAACGGUCUUGUCGUCUGCAUACUUCAGGAGUUUCAGAGACGGGUCUCCUGAGGGGCAGUCAUUAGUGUCUAGGGAGAAGAGCAGUGGGGAAAGGACACAUCCCUGUGGCACGCCGGUACUGAUGGUGCGGGUGCCAGAUGUGAGGCUGCCCAGCCUCACCUGCAGCCUCCUGUCAGUCAGGAAGCCCCUGAUCCACUGGCACAUGGGAUCAGGGACAGUGAGCUAGGUGUGACGGAGGAUACUGUGUGUGUGGGCAUGGCUCGGCUUGGCACAGACGACCAGGUGAUCCGAGCAGCUACACUACGUCAGCUGAUGUCGUGUGACCUUGGAGCCCCACUUCAUUCCCUGGUUAUCACUGGGCAACUC